CUAGAAAAGGCAGGUUUCCUCAAGAGUUCAAUCAUGUUGUUCUUGUGCUGCCUCUCACUCGUCUUCAUAACCGUCUUUGCAGGCCCAAUUGACCAAAUUGUUGCUGGCUCAGCAGCUUCCUUGUGUGAAUUCCCAUCAAUUGUCCACUUAAAAAUUUACAACCAGCCAAGAAGAAGUUCCUAUGUUACAUGUGGAGGUACCCUUAUUGAUCCUACCCAUGUACUCACAGCAGCACACUGCCUUGAUGGACCUGUAAAAACAAUUAGCGUAAAUAUUGGAACCAACAACAAGAACAAAUAUGGCGAUCAGUCAAGUAUUACGAAUUCGUUUGUAAAACACGCAGGUUAUGUUUUGUCUGAAUAUGUUAUAAAGAAUGAUAUCGCCAUACUGAGACUGACCAAAUCAAUCAAACCUGACAGCUGCGUCCAGUUUGCUCCUCUGGCCCAAGCAGGAGAAACCUUUGACCACGCACGAUGUAUCGCUGCUGGAUGGGGUGAUCUCGGAUGGCAACAAAAGUCACCAAGUAAACUCCAGAAAGUUGCUCUUCCGGCAAUUCCCACUGAUGUCUGUCAAUACAACUCCCGAAUGGUGAUCUCCGAUGGCGUUCUGUGUGCAGGUGACUUCAGGAAAGGAGGGCCCAGCACUUGCCAGGGAGAUUCUGGUGGACCUUUGUACUGUCCCAGUAAAAUAACAGGACAAAUGGUGCUGGCAGGAGUGACAUCUUUUGGCGAUAAUUGUGACAAUGAAAUCAGUGCUUUUAGCAGUGUGGCUUAUUUCCGAGACUGGAUUGCCAAUAAUCUUUAAAUUCUACUUCUUCCACACAGUCGUACAAAUGAAGUCUUGAGGAUGUUAAUAAAAGAAAAUAUUCUUUAACCGAUA